AUGGCCAACAUCGGCCCUCAGCUACCCCCACACCUCCAAAACCAAUUCGAGAGUCGAAAAGACGAAGAAGAAAGCGACGAUGACGUUGGGUCUUCCUUACCUCCGUCUAUAGGACCGCAGAUACCACUGUCACUUGUUCAGAAGAAAGACGACAACGACGAGAGAGAGAAGGAGCAGGAGGGUGCUGCAGUCGGAAUAGGACCUGCAAUCCCAGCUCAUUUGCUGAGCAGGAAGAAGGAAGAUGAUGCAGAAGAGGACUCAGGGGACGACAUCGGUCCUUCGAUAGGUCCAGUUGCAGGGCCGUCACGUCCUUCACCUUCCCCAGGCCCCUCCAACCCAGGCAAACGCGUGAUCGGCCCCUCCUUCCCCACCUACGCUCCCACCUACGACCCCAAGACGUACUCCCAAGUUCAGAACCCAGAUGACGACUCCGAUGACGAUGUGGGACCGAAACCGCUGCCUGCUGGUAUGAAGCACCAGGAGUCGAGCGCGGUGCAGGAAUUUAUUGAGCGUGAGGAACGACGGAGAAAGCAACUCGAGGAAGCAAGUAAACCCAAAGCGCCCAAACGAGAGGAAUGGAUGUUGGUCCCGCCAUCCCAUUCUGACCUCCUCGGAAAUUUGGACCCAAGUAGACUUAAGAAAGGCCGUCAAUUUUCCAAGAGUACAGCAGAACCUCGAGCGACGGAUACAUCUCUAUGGACCGAAACUCCUGCGGAGCGGCAGAAACGACUGGCGGAUGAGGUAUCUGGGAAGAAGCGGCGUGCGGUAGAUUCUGCACCUGCUGAUGACGAUCCGGACAAGAAGAGGAGGAAGCAGGAAGAAGAGCGUAUCCGGAAGGGAGUUGAGGAGUACACGAAGAAACAACGAGGUGGAGCGUUGGUGGACCAACAUGCGGCUGCGACUGCGUCCAAGGAAGGCUCGGAGGAGCCACCGGUGAUCUGGGACCACGCUCGAGACAUGGCGAUUGGAGGCAGGCUUAUGGACGAUGGGAAGCGGAAGCAGAUGUUACAGGAGGCCAAAGGGUUGGGGAGUCGGUUCAGCAGUGGCAAGGGUGGAGGAUUCUUGUGA